UUCUACGUUUUCUAGAAUGAUUCGUGCUGUGAAUUGUGGGAAAGGUAAAACGAAAACGUCUGAUGGGAGCAAUAUUGGGAGGAAGGAACUUGCUGGAACAUUGGUCGCCUUCGUAAGGUUCCUCCGUGGCGGGCGAAACUAGCCAAAUUGCAGCCACUCCCCCUCCCCUUUCAGAGCAAAGGGAAACGGGCGUCUGGAAACUAAAGCUCCCACUGAGAAUAGAAACCGAAAGUGCAGCCGGAGAAUCGCCCAGCUUUCGCCCGGCCAAGUGACAGGAUCAAGAUCGAGGAGUGAAAGGAACAGCCGGCUGUGUUUCCCGGAGGGCGAAGUUGUAAGUUUGGGAAGCCGGGACGCCGCGCAUAGACGGAAUCGUUGCCCUUUCCCGAGCGGUUCCCCGCCGGCGGCUACAGCAGCAGCAGCAUGGAAGCGGCCGCCAGUCCAUCCCCCGCCGGCGGCUACAGCAGCACCAGCACCACCACCACCACCACCACCAUGGAAGCGGCCGCCAGCCCAUCCCGGGACGAGUGCAUCCUCUACUUGAUCUCUUGCUUUAGGACCAGGAUCAAGAACAACGUCCGAGUGCAUCAAGUGCUGGAUUUGAUGCCGUCCCUCAGCCUCGACCAAAAACGUCAGCUCCACGCCGUGGCUGCAGAAAAAGGGGACGUGGAAGCCGCGGAGAAGCUGCUCUCCCUGGUGGAGAAGGGGGCUCCCGACUCGCCGGGCUUAUGCCAGGAGUUCUGCGAGGCGCUGGUGAAGGGAGGCUACGCCGCCGCCGAUUACCUGGAUCCCAGCCUGAAUGAACUGCCCUCGCCUUCUUUGGAAGCGGCCGGCGACCUGGGCAAGGCUCUGGUGAACCUGUUCUUCGAUCACCUCACCGACACGCUACAGGCCACUCAGGUGGCUCUCCGGUGUUUGGGAAAGGGGCUGUUAAAUCUCGAAGAUGUGGAGCGGGUAAGCCGGAACAGACUAAAACUGUCUUUUCAUGUGCCUGCCAGCCAAAAACUCAUGAGAAGGCUGCGCACAAUUUGGACAAAGCCACAUGCAAUUUGGACAAGGGUACAACCUUGGGAAGAAGAUUGGCACAGCCAGCAGCUACUUCCUGAACGGGCCAGGAUGGGGACAUCUAAUCAGCAGCGGCAGAACGAAGACAGUGAAAAUCAGUUGUGGGUAGAAAGGCUAGCAGAGCCAGUGAGUGAAGGACAGCCAAAGCAUCAUAGAUUGGAACCUGAUGUCAGUUUGCAAGAAACAAAUGCCUGUGAUGUGAAUGCAAACUUUGGACAGAUGAACCUUUACAGUGAUGAUUCAGAUCAUGUUGAAAGUAGAGAUCAAAGACCUUCCUCUGAACAAGAGCUGAGUCUGAGAGACUAUCAGAUGGAAGUGGCCAAACCAGCUUUGGAAGGGAAAAAUAUUAUUAUAUGCCUUCCCACAGGCACUGGCAAGACUCGAGUUGCUGUUUACAUUGCCAAAGACCACUUAGAUAAAAAAAGAAAAGCAAAAGAGUGUGGAAAGGUUAUAGUUCUUGUCAACAAGGUGCCAUUGGUGGAACAGCAUUUAGAAAAUGAAUUUGGUCCCUAUUUGAAGCAUUCGUACCGAACAAUAGGACUAAGUGGGGCGUCUCAGCUGAAAUUUUCAUUCCCUGAACUAAUUAGAGAUUAUGAUGUGAUUAUUUGUACAGCUAAGAUCCUGGAGAAUGCAUUGGAGAAAGUUUAUGAAGAUGAUGAAGAAAGAGUCCAGUUAUCAGUGUUCUCCUUGAUGAUCAUUGACGAAUGCCAUCAUACCCAGAAAGAAGCUGUCUAUAACAAUAUAAUGCGUUACUACUUAAAAGAAAAAAGGGGAAAUGAGAAGCGAAAGAAAGAAGGAAAACAACUGGUGGCUCAGCCUCAGAUUCUGGGGCUGACAGCCUCACCCGGAGUGGGAGGUGCAACGACUCAUUCAAAAGCAGAGGAACAUAUUCUAACAAUAUGUGCCAACCUGGAUGCAGAUGAGAUUGUGACUGUUCAAGAGCACAGCGCGCAACUGCAACAUCAAGCAAAAGAGCCUCUUAAGAAAUUUGAGAUUACAGACGACAAAAAGGAGGAUCCAUUUAGAGAGAAACUCGUAAACAUUAUGACUGAGAUUCAAGGCUAUGGCCAAUUCAGUCCAAACGUUGAUUUUGGAUCACAGGCCUAUGAACAGUGGGUAAUUCAGGAGGAAAAGAAAGCUGCCAAGGAAGGAACUCGCAAAGAACGGGUAUGUGCAGAACACUUGAAGAAAUACAACGAUGCCUUGCUGAUUAAUGAUACUACCCGAAUGAUUGAUGCCUAUAACCAUCUGAAGAACUUUUAUGAGGAAGAAAGGAACAGAAAGAUGGUAAAGGAUGAAGAUAGGGAAGAUGGAGUCACAGCCUCACAACUAGAUGAGACUGAUACAUGUCUUAUAGAGUUGUUUUAUGACAAACAAAGAGAGCUGGAAGAGUUAGCACAAAAACUACAAUAUGAAAAUGAAAAACUAACGAAGUUGCGCACAACUUUAAUGCAACAAUUCACAAAGAACAAUGAACCCAGAGGAAUUAUUUUCUCGAAAACUCGUCAAAGUGCAUUUGCUAUCUAUCGGUGGAUUAAUGAUAAUCCCAAAUUUGAAGAAGUUGGAGUGAAGGCUCACUACCUCAUUGGUACAGGACAUAAUAGUGAAUUUCAGCAUAUGACUCAGAAUGAACAAAAAGAUAUCAUUCAAAAGUUCCGUACUGGCAAAAUCAACCUACUAAUUGCUACUACCGUAGCAGAGGAAGGCCUGGAUAUCUCACAGUGCAACAUUGUUAUACGCUACGGUCUUGUUACCAAUGAAAUAGCGAUGAUUCAGGCUCGGGGAAGAGCUCGAGCUGAGGAAAGCAUCUAUGUGCUUGUAGCUUCAGAUGGAUCGGGAGCUGCUGAACGUGAAAAUGUUAAUAUGUUUCGUGAGAAAAUGAUGCACCGAGCAAUUAAGCGUGUCCAAAACAUGCCACAUGAAAAUUAUUUGCAUAAGAUCAAAGAGCUUCAGCUGCAAAGCUGCAUGGAAAUGAAAAUGAAGGCAAAGAAAGAACAAUUUAAACAGUACAAGGAGAACCCCUCCCUGAUCAUGUUCCACUGCAAAAACUGCAAGGAUCCAAAAUGCUCAGGAGACGACAUUCAAGUUAUUUUAAAUAUGCAUCAUGUCAACGUUAAAAAGGAAUUUGCAGACCUUUAUAUCGUAAGGGAAAAUAAGACACUGCGAGCAAAAGAAGCAGAUUAUCAAACAAAUGGGGACAUUAUCUGUAGGAAAUGUGGCCAGAUUUGGGGAACUAUGAUGGUAUACAAAGGUCUAGAUCUUCCUUGCUUAAAAAUAAAAAAUUUCGUUUUGCAUUUCAAAGAUAAGAAAUGCACCUCAAAGAAAAUUUACAAAAAAUGGAGUGAACUAGCCAUUAAUUUUCCAGCUUUCAAUUAUGCAGAUCAUUAUAUUUUUAGUGAAGAUUAAGAAAGGCGAGAGUCUCUAAAGAUAGAUGGGAACGUUUUCUGCCUUCAGGUUUCCAAUGACAAGUUCAAAGAAGCCUUUUUCUUCUGUCUGGAUGUCUGCAGAUAUUGCACAAAUACUUUCCAUUCCCCCCCACCUCAGAAAUAUUCUGUAUUUCUGAAUAGCGACAGUUCAGAUCUAAUUCACUGUGUGAAAAGAAAAGAAAA